GUCAUCGCUAGGCGUCGAAGCUAUGGAAGGUCCCAUAGCUGUUGCCUUCCCCUUCCUUUUGAGCGCUUGCCCACGUGCAGUCUGCCACUUAGGCGGAUCCACGUGCAGUGUCGGCCCCCUGGCGUGCUCAGCUGUGAGCAUUUUCACCAGCAAACCGCUCAGCCUGCGUACCAACUCGGUGUCCUAACGUGCUUCCGUUGUGAGGCUGCCUGGGUUCGGCCGGAGCCGGGACGCAGUGAUAGUCUUUCACCAUGCAUCGGAAGAAGGUGGAUAAUCGAAUUCGAAUUCUCAUUGAGAAUGGCGUAGCUGAACGACAGAGGUCUCUUUUUGUUGUAGUUGGGGAUCGAGGAAAAGAUCAGGUGGUUAUUCUUCAUCAUAUGUUGUCCAAAGCAACGGUGAAGGCUCGGCCCUCGGUCCUGUGGUGUUAUAAGAAAGAGCUGGGAUUUAGCAGUCACCGGAAGAAGAGAAUGCGGCAGCUGCAGAAGAAAAUAAAGAGUGGGACCUUGAACAUCAAGCAAGAUGACCCCUUUGAGCUUUUUGUAGCAGCCACAAACAUUCGGUACUGCUACUACAAUGAAACCCACAAGAUUCUGGGCAAUACUUUCGGCAUGUGUGUCCUCCAGGAUUUUGAAGCAUUAACUCCGAACUUGUUGGCCAGAACUGUAGAAACAGUAGAAGGUGGUGGAUUGGUGGUCAUCCUUCUACGGACUAUGAACUCACUUAAGCAGCUGUACACAAUGACUAUGGAUGUGCAUUCCAGGUACAGGACCGAGGCCCAUCAGGAUGUGGUGGGAAGAUUUAACGAGAGGUUUAUUCUCUCUCUGGCGUCUUGUAAGAAGUGUCUGGUCAUUGACGACCAGCUCAACAUCCUGCCCAUCUCCUCCCACGUGGCCAGCAUUGAAGCCUUACCUCCUCAGGCCCCGGAUGAGAAUCUCAGUCCUGCUGCUCUGGAGCUGCAGGAGUUGAAAGAGAGCUUGCAGGACACUCAGCCUGUGGGUGUUUUGGUGGACUGCUGCAAGACGCUGGACCAGGCCAAAGCUGUCUUGAAAUUCAUUGAGGGGAUUUCGGAGAAGACCCUAAGGAGUACUGUUGCCCUCACCGCUGCCAGAGGAAGGGGCAAAUCUGCGGCACUGGGCCUGGCUAUUGCUGGGGCAGUGGCAUUCGGGUAUUCCAAUAUUUUUGUUACCUCCCCAAGCCCGGAUAACCUCCAUACACUGUUUGAAUUUGUAUUUAAAGGCUUUGAUGCUCUGCAGUAUCAGGAGCACCUGGAUUACGAGAUUGUACAGUCGCUGAACCCCGAGUUUAAUAAAGCGGUGAUCAGGGUCAAUGUGUUCCGAGAGCACCGGCAGACUAUUCAGUACAUCCAUCCUGCAGAUGCUGUGAAACUGGGCCAGGCUGAGCUGGUUGUGAUAGAUGAAGCUGCUGCUAUUCCCCUCCCCCUGGUGAAGAGCCUUCUUGGACCCUACUUGGUUUUCAUGGCAUCUACUAUCAAUGGCUACGAGGGCACUGGCCGGUCACUGUCCCUCAAACUCAUUCAGCAGCUCCGUCAGCAGAGCGCCCAGAGCCAGGUCAGCACCACUGCUGAGAACAAGACCACAGCAACAGCCAGACUGGCCUCAGCUCGGACGUUGCACGAGGUUUCCCUCCAAGAGUCAAUCCGAUACGCCCCCGGGGAUGCCGUGGAGAAGUGGCUGAAUGACCUGCUGUGCCUGGACUGCCUCAACAUCACGCGCAUCGUGUCCGGCUGCCCCUUGCCUGAGGCCUGUGAGCUUUACUAUGUUAACAGAGACACCCUCUUUUGCUACCACAAGGCCUCUGAAGUUUUCCUCCAGCGGCUCAUGGCUCUCUAUGUGGCUUCUCAUUACAAGAACUCUCCCAACGACCUGCAGAUGCUCUCAGAUGCGCCUGCUCACCACCUCUUCUGCCUUCUGCCACCUGUGCCCCCUACCCAGAAUGCCCUGCCUGAAGUGCUUGCAGUUGUCCAGGUAUGCCUUGAAGGAGAGAUUUCUCGUCAGUCCAUUUUGAAUAGCCUGUCUCGAGGCAAGAAGGCUUCUGGCGACCUGAUUCCAUGGACAGUGUCGGAACAGUUUCAAGAUCCAGACUUUGGAGGCCUUUCUGGUGGACGGGUUGUUCGAAUUGCUGUUCAUCCAGAUUAUCAAGGGAUGGGCUAUGGCAGCCGAGCACUGCAGCUGCUGCAGAUGUACUACGAAGGCAGGUUCCCUUGUCUGGAGGAAAAGGUCUUGGAGACACCACAAGAAAUCCGCACCGUGAGCAGUGAGGCCGUCAGCUUGUUGGAAGAAGUUGUCACUCCCAGGAAGGAUCUGCCUCCCUUACUCCUCAAGUUGAAUGAGAGGCCUGCAGAGCGCCUGGAUUACCUGGGGGUUUCCUAUGGGCUGACCCCUAGGCUCCUCAAGUUCUGGAAACGAGCUGGAUUUGUUCCUGUCUAUUUAAGACAGACCCCAAACGACCUGACUGGAGAGCACUCCUGCAUUAUGCUGAAGACACUGGCCGAUGAGGAGGAGGCUGAGCAGGGAGCUUGGCUGGCAGCGUUUUGGAAAGAUUUCCGGAGACGGUUCCUGGCCUUGCUGUCUUACCAGUUCAGCACCUUCUCUCCUGCCCUGUCUCUGAACAUCAUUCAGAACAGGAACAUAGCAAAGUCAGCCCAGCCAGCCCUAGGCCGGGAGCAUCUGGAGGCACUCUUUCUCCCCUACGACCUGAAGCGGCUGGAGAUGUACUCUCGGAACAUGGUUGAUUAUCAUCUCAUCAUGGACCUCAUCCCAGCAAUUUCCCGCUUGUACUUCCUGAACCAGCUAGGGGACCUGUCCCUUUCGGCUGCCCAGUCGGCUCUUCUCUUGGGAAUUGGCCUACAGCACAAGUCUGUGGAUCAGCUGGAAAAGGAGAUCGAGCUACCCUCAGGCCAGUUGAUGGGGCUUUUCAACCGGAUUAUCCGCAAAGUUGUGAAGCUGUUCAAUGAUGUGCAGGAAAAGGCUAUUGAGGAACAGAUGGUGGCAGUGAAGGAUGUAGUCAUGGAGCCCACAAUGAAGACCCUGAGUGAUGACCUGGAUGAAGCAGCAAAGGAAUUCCAGGAGAAACACAAGAAGGAAGUGGGGAGACUGAAGGACAUAGACCUCUCUCAAUAUGUAAUCCGUGGGGAUGAUGAGGAGUGGAAUGAAGUUUUGAGCAAAGCAGGGCAUAAUGCCUCCAUUGUUAGUUUGAAAAGUGACAAGAAAAGGAAACUGGAAACAAAACAAGAACCCAAACAGAGCAAGAAGUUGAAGAAGAGAGAUAACAACAGAAAGGAUAUGAAAAUGAAGCGAAAGAAAUAGUGAGGCGAGGAGAUGCCAGACUUCUGAGCUGUGUUCUGCUGGGCCAGGCCAGGCAGCAGCGUGGACAGUGACAGUGACAGUGACGAGGGCCUUCAGCAGAGGCAGGCACCAUCAUUCCAUCUGUAUGCCAGCCGUGGCUGAAGACAAAGUCACUCCCAAACAGUCUGCUUAGAACUUGGUGCGUGGGCAAAGCUCUGGCAUUGUUAGAGGCUGUCACCCCACCCUAAGGCACAGCCUCACUUUGACUUGUUCCCACUAUGGCUGCUGCGCUGGCUGCUGGUCUUCCUGGCGCUCCAGCACACAGCUCUCUGGAGGAGCACUCUCGCCUCACUGCAGACUUGUCCGAACACUCUGGGGCCAGGUCAGCAGGACCUCUACUGCUGGUCUGCUGUUCUCAGUGUCCCAGGAAAGGCUGCAGCAUCUGAGUCCCAAAUGCCUUUUGGUUACCUCUUCAUUUGGGAGAGACUAUUGAGAAAGACUCUUGCUACAGAAGUGAGGGGAGAGAGUAUUUUUAAUAAAUGUCUUGGAAAGACCA